AUGGAAGCCAAUGAAAGGAACGGAGCUAUACAAAAAAUUUCUUCCAAUAGUAACUCUCCAUCUUACUCAGUAGUUUUUGAGGACAAUAAACUUAGACAUAUUGAGGAUAAGCAAGAGGUAGUAACCAAUAGUGAUUCUAUAAAUAGAUCAAAGGCCUAUGUAUUUUUUUCCUCACUUGCCUGCAAGCUAAAAUUUUGGGAGCACUCAAAGAAUUGGAAAAUGACCAUUUUUAGUUUUGUUGGCUACUUUUUCACUUCAAUUGGAGUUGUAUAUUACAAUUACUGGUUAUUUGAGAACAUAGCCCCAUUUCCUGUAUUUGUAACAUGGGUACAGCAAAUUGUUGGUGUAUGUUGUUUUGGUAUUAUUGGACUUUAUCAUUGGAAAUCUUCUCCACAGUCAAUUAAUAUAAGAUCUUCACCUAAUGGAGGUGUUAACUAUGACUCAAAUACUACUACUAGUACUAGUUGUACAUCUAGUGAGACUAUUUUAGGUGAGAAAGAAAAUAAUAAGAAAGAUGAAAUUAACCUUAAAUCUAAUAGUUUAAGCCAUGAUGAAGAUGAGAAGACUCAUAAAGUUAGAAGUGGAGAUGAAAAUAAAACUCAGAAAUUUUCAAAGAAUGGAUUUUUUCACAUAUUAGGAGAGAAAGUUACAAGAAACUUUGGUAUGAAUGAUGGAUAUAGGAAAUUUUUAAAGAUACUACCGAUGUCAAUUUGUUUUGUGGGUCUUGUUGCAUUUGCAAAUAUCUGUUUAAAAUAUGUACAAGUUUCUACUUACCAAGUUGCUAGGUCAGGUUCUUUAAUUUUUACAGUAAUCGUUUCAUAUAUAAUGCUAGGGCAGCGUCAGACAUGGCAAUCUAUUUGUGCAUGUAUUGUAGUUUGUAUUGGAUUCUUGAUUGGAUCCUUGGAUAGGACGACAUUAAAUUUGCUUGGAAUUUCAACUGGUCUUGCUUCUUCAUUCUGUCAGGUAUUUUACAAUGUAUUUAUGAAAAAAUGUAUGAACUGUGUAAAUGGUGAUGCACUAAAACUAGUUAAAUAUAAUCAGUGUAUAUCAUGUAUAUUACUUAUCCCCUGUAUAUUUGCAGCACAAGAACUCAAACCUAUUUCUGAAUCAGCAGUAUUUAAUUUUAACUCUGUUGAAUUUUUCCGUACUUGGUUCUUCUUAAUAGUAUGUGGUUUUAUAUCUAUGUCACUAAAUUAUUUUUCAUUUUUGGUAGUUGGCUAUACAUCACCUGUUACUUUUAACGUGAUUGGUAUGUUUAAAAGUUGUGCUCAAACUGCAGGUGGUUUCAUAUUUUUCAAUGAUAGUGCUUCUCCUCAUGCUAUUGCUGGCAUUGUAUUGACAUUUAUUGGUUCAGUUUGGUAUGGUUUUUCUAAAGCUAUUAAAUGUAAUUUUAUCAGCUUAAAAAGUUGUAGAAGAUGCAAUAAUGAAGAUGACAACAAUAUCCAAAUGUCAAUUUCAAGGGAAAUAUUUAUAAUGGAACAACUACAUCCUAUAAAUUAUUCAGAUAAUAAUGAAAAUACAAAGUCUUGCACAAUUAACGAUAAUAUUUCUAAUUCUUUAAUAGCUAGUAAGGGGAGAUUUUAUUUUGAUGGAAUCAGUGAUUGUACUCUAAGCAAAGUUGAUAAUGCUAAAUUAGGAAAUGGAUUAUUUUUAAGCUAUUAUGGGGACAAUUGCACUAGAAUUCACAUUAGUGAUGAUAUAGUGCAUACUGAAGACAAUGAUGAUAAUUACGACGAAGAUAACUUAACUAAAAUGUCUAGUUUAGAUGAUAAUGAAAGGCAAUAUAUUAAAGAUACUCUCAUUGGCAAUAGAAAUAUAGUCGAUUCUAAAAUCCAAUUAAAAGAUACAUCUAAAUUCUCCAAGUUACUACAAAAGUUUCCUCUAUAUUGUAAUGAGAAUAUAUCUUUGGGCGGGUGUGGGGAUCAGAGAAAAUUUGUAAAUUCUCCUAGGAUUUCUUCUUCCCUUCCAUCUAGUAUUUGUACUUCACCUACUAAUAGUGAAUUCCGUCAUAUCAAUACUCAAUAUAGAAAUAAUAGUUUGAGAAUUAUAUCUGAUACUUUUCCAAAAUACAAGGAUGGAUGUAAUUUGUCAACUUAG